CAUUUUUUGCAUUACUUUUUUUGCUUUUCCCUUCAAGUUUGUUCGUUGUUUUUUUCGCAUCGAGAGAUAGAUGAGCUCGUGGAGGUAACCGUUGCGGAGUAAUUAGCGUCCCUAUCCUUUUUACUUUCCACUUUAAGAUAUAUUCCGAACGCGUUCGAGUGCAAUGAGAAGUAAUUAAAACGAUGAAAUUAACUUUGGACUUGUACAGAAUGAUUUGGACGGAAAGAUGUAGGUACAUUAAUGACUUACCACUGGGUUUACGUCACAAAUGAGUGAAAAAGGAGUGGUUGACCCGCGUCGGGUGAUGAGUCUUGACAAGUCUCUCAUUAGGUUGGUCAAGGGUGAUAUUGAAAAUUAGGUGACAAAGAUGGAACUUUUUAUAAUUCUUGUUUGUCUGAUUGGACCAUCUGCUGUAAUAUCACUAUCAGUUCAUGUUGAAUCGAAUCCCCGGGUUGUACAAAUGAGAAACGGUAGAAUUCAGGGAUUGAAGCAGUCCUUUGAGAUUAAAGGAUUGAAACCAGUGGACGUCUUCCUGGGAAUACCAUACGCCACUCCUCCCAUUGGUGGCGACAGAUUCUCACCGACCAAGGCACCCAGUCCGUGGAAAGGAAUAAGAAAAGCGGACAAGAUUGGCCCAGUUUGUCCUCAAAAGUUACCGAACAUUACCGACGAAACGAAGGCUCUCGAGCGUAUGCCUAAGGGGCGACUCGAGUAUCUCAAAAAACUCCUUCCACAUCUCAGCAAUCAGAGCGAGGACUGUUUGUACUUGAACAUCUAUGCUCCGGCAAUGGGGCCCUCAGACAGCGGUAGAAGACAUCCGGUUCUUCUGUACAUACACGGUGAGAGUUAUGAUUGGGGCUCGGGGAAUCCAUACGACGGCUCUGUCCUGGCGAGCUACACGGAUCAAGUUGUUGUUACGAUGAACUAUCGGCUCGGGGUUCUUGGCUUCCUGAAUGCCAAUAUUUCACCGCAAACUAAAGCCAGAGUUGCCAAUUACGGACUGAUGGAUCAACUCGCCGCGCUUCACUGGGUUCAGGAGAAUAUUGCACAAUUUGGGGGUGAUCCUGGUAAUGUAACACUGAUGGGGCAUGGGACUGGCGCUGCCUGCGUUAACUUUCUCGCCAUUAGUCCGACCGUUAUUCCAGGACUAUUCAAGCGUGCAAUCCUCCUAUCCGGCAGUGCCCUCUCCUCCUGGGCAGUUGUAGACGAUCCCGUCAUCUACGCAGUACGUCUAGCCAAAGCCGUAAACUGCACAGUACCAACUGACCUACUCAAGGAGCACGAAUUGAUCGUCGACUGUCUGCGCGAUACAAGACUCGAUCGUCUCAUGUCAGCUGACGUUGAGCCUCCAUCCUUCCUAAGUGCAUUUGGACCGAGUGUCGAUGGAGUUGUCAUAAAGCCAGACUUCCACAAGGACCUCCUGUCGUACCUCGGACCCGAGUUUCAGGGAUAUGGACAAAUGCCAAAGAGAAAUGAUCCCGGCACUCCGAUCACCAGCAACAACAAAUACGACUUGUUAUUCGGUGUAACCACGAGUGAAGCACUUUGGAGAUUUGCUGAGCACGAUGUGCAAUCUGGUUUUGAGGGCGAGAGACGUGACAGAAUAAUAAGAACCUACGUUAGAAACGCCUACACGUACCACUUGACCGAAAUUUUUUACACGAUUGUUAACGAAUACACUGAGUGGGAAAGAACAACUCAACACCCAUCAAACACUCGAGACGGUUGCGUACAAGCACUGAGUGAUGCUCAGUUCGUAGCACCACUUGUUCAAACCGGCGACCUCUUCACUCUUCGUCAUACCAGGAAACCAAACAGUGCACACAUUGCACCGAUACCCGAUCACGAGAGAGAGCCAAUGCCCAAAACCUACUUCUACGUAUUUGACUUUCAGGCCAAGGACAGCGAUUACCCGGAGAAAAUGGGAAUAUCUCACGGCGAAGACUUACCCUACAUCUUCGGUGCACCACUAGUCAACGGUUUCAAUCAUUUCCGCAAGAACUACACAAAACCCGAGAUGAUAAUGUCCGAAAGCAUGAUGCAGGCCUUUGAGAAUUUCAUAAAAUCCGGGAAUCCAAAUGUUGCGGAGUACCACGGAAACAAAGCAGAUGGACAAAUGCCGAUGACCCGUGAAAGAAACAAAUUCCGGUCGAUAACUUGGGAGCAGUAUGACCCGGUGCAUCAGAAAUACCUCGAGAUAACAAAAAAACCAACGGUGAAGAAUCACUUUCGCGCCCACCAAUUAUCAGUAUGGCUCCGACUAAUACCAGAGCUGCAUCGCGCAGGAAUGGAGGACGUUGAGCCGCGGCACAAUCUCUUUCGUAGCCAUGGGGAUCCAAAUCUCUAUGAUGGUCUAGUGCGGCCUGAUCCACUGAGUAGAAUAGGGGAGGAAUACAGAAGACGAAAUUUCACGACAGAACCGCCGACAACUACGGAUUACAGCAUAACCACCUGUAUCAGCGUAAUUCCCAGCACGAAUCCACAGAAUGUACAUAAUGCAAGCAGCCCGGAUACUCUCUCGGGUUUGGAUGUGGCUGGAUAUGCUGCCUACUCGACAGCCUUGAGUGUGACAAUUGCCAUUGGCUGUAGCCUCCUAAUCCUCAAUGUACUUAUCUUCGCUGGUGUUUAUUAUCAGCGCGAUAAAACGAGACUAGAAGUUAAAAGUCUUCAGCAACAGCAGAUGAUGAAUCAACAAUGUGGCCCGAGAGGCUUCACCGAGCUCAAGCAACCACCACCGCCCCAUUCACACUUCACGAGCGGUGGCCAAGUUAUUGUUGAUGUUGAGAAUGAAAUGCUCAGGCGAAAUGUAAUGAAGGCGAACGACCCGGGAAUUCUUCAGAGCCAGAGCACUCACACACUGCCUCAUCAGCAUCACUAUCAGAAGCAACAGCACACACCACAUGCCACAUUGCCUAGAGCAUCUGUUAUUCAGGAUAUGGGAAUGCAAUCCCAGUGUCCACCAAACGGUUCGAUUCACUUAACAGUUCCACGAGCACCACCACCACCGAGGACCAAAAGCCCACCCGAAAAUCAACCCCUGCUGCAAAGUGGAAAUAUUAUUAAUCGCGUUACACAAGGCAGUAUGACUGAAAUGAGAGUGUGA